CCAAGUUUUACAAUCAUGACAUUUUACCCAACCAUGGAAGAAUUUACAGACUUCAACAAAUACAUUGCUUACAUGGAGUCCCAGGGUGCACACCGAGCUGGCCUAGCCAAGGUCAUUCCACCCAAGGAGUGGAAAGCCAGAGGCACCUAUGCUGACAUCAGUGACAUUGUAAUAGCCGCUCCCCUCCAGCAGGUGGCCUCUGGGCAGGAAGGGGUGUUCACUCAAUACCAUAAAAAGAAGAAAGCCAUGACCCUGGGGGAGUAUCGCCUUUUGGCAAACAGUGAAAAAUAUCGGACUCCACCCCACCUGGAUUUUGAAGAUUUGGAGAGAAAAUACUGGAAGAGUCGCAUAUAUGAUUCACCAAUUUACGGUGCUGAUGUCAGUGGCUCCUUGUUUGAUGAAAACACUAAGCAAUGGAACCUUGGGCACCUGGGAACCAUUCUGGACCUCCUGGAGCAGGAAUGCGGAGUUGUCAUCCAAGGCGUCAACACGCCCUACCUGUAUUUUGGCAUGUGGAAGACCACCUUUGCCUGGCACACGGAGGACAUGGACCUUUACAGCAUCAACUACCUGCACUUCGGGGAGCCCAAGACGUGGUACGCGGUGCCCCCAGAACACGGCCAGCGCCUGGAACGCCUGGCCCGGGUGCUGUUCCCCGGCAGUUCCCGGGGGUGUGGGGCCUUCCUGAGGCACAAGGUGGCCCUCAUCUCGCCCACUGUCCUCAAGGACAAUGGGAUUCCCUUCAGUCGCGUGACUCAGGAGGCUGGAGAGUUCGUGGUGACGUUCCCCUACGGCUACCAUGCUGGCUUCAACCAUGGCUUCAACUGCGCGGAGGCCAUCAACUUCGCGACCCCGCGGUGGAUCGAUUAUGGCAAAGUGGCUUCGCAGUGCAGCUGCGGGGAGGCCAGGGUGACCUUUUCCAUGGACGCCUUCGAGCGUAUCCUGCAACCCGAGCGCUAUGAGCUGUGGAAGGGCGGCCGGGACCAGGUUGCUGUGGACCCCACGGAGCCCAGGGCGCCGGCCAGCCAGGAGCUGACCCCGAGCGAGGUCCACAUGCUCAGGAGAGCCGCGCUGGGCCUGAGGCUCCGCCCAGCCUGCACGGCCCCGGAUGUCCCUGGUCUGUGGCCCCAGGGGUCGGAGAGCCAGGCUCGGCCCAAGGGACUCCUGCAGUCGCCGAGCCCGACAUUCCAGAGAGUCUUGGAGGACACAGCACUCUCAGCCGAGGGGACUGAGCCUCAACUCUGUUCUGCUAAUGGAGGGUUGAUGCUGGAGCCUGCACCUCUGAGCCCUGGCCUCCUGCAUCCUGCCAGAGCGUCUGGCUGCCACUGUGCCCCCGAUCUCCAACCCUUGGGGCCCCCACUGGAUCCCGAUAAUCAGAUGCACCCUGGCCCUUGCCUGCUCUCCCUGGACAGCAUCACCCUGGAUCUCCCUGACUUUGUCCCCCUGGCUCCUCUCAAUGGCAUUCACUGUGCCUUUGAAAAUGUUCUCCAGGGAUGCUGCUCAGGACAGCCCAACCCUUUGACCUUGGCUCAGUGUGCUGCCGGCUGCAGGCUGGUCGCGCCUCCCCUCGUGUGUGCCUUCCCCUCGUCCCACAGGGACCCCCACCUGGCCAGAAGAGGAUGUCGCGGCGGGCGUCCCCAGAGACGCGAGCUCCAGGCCGCCUUGGUUCAACUCGUGGACCGCAUGACCUCCUCAAGGAAGACAACCUGCCGCCGCGCUCGCCUGACUCGCGUGGCCGUCUUACGAGAAAUACGGGGCAUCGCGGACGAGUACAGCCCGCGGGUCCCUACUCCAAGGCGAUCGGGCCGCCUUCCUCUGCUUCCCACCCACAGACAGGACGUCCAGGGCCCGCCAGUACGCCUGCACGGGGCCCUCCAGCAGCCCGCCACCUGCGCGUGCACAGGGCGCCCAAGCCGCUCGGGUCUCCAGCGCGGCCUCCGUCUACAGGUCCGGUGCCAGCUACAACACCCGGUGCGCACAGCAGAGAGGGCCUCCGCGGGGCGGCGGCCCAGCUGGCCGGCCUGUGGCGCUGCAGCCACAAUGGGUCCUGCCUGGCUCCCAUGGGCCCCAAAUCCACAUGGGAGCGAAAGUGCAAGUCCCCAUCAGGGUCCUGAUGCCUCUUCAGGGCCGGCACGUCCCUGUCCAGGAGUCUGCACCCCCCGCAUCCAGUGGGAAUCCCAUCCAGAGUCGUUGUCCCUGAAAGUUCUCCUGAAAAGCAAGGAGCUGUGUUCUUUAACGGAAAUGACAAUAAGGGGCCAGUUACUGAAAGGAGACUUUAGGGAAAAGGACACUUCUGGGUCCAUCUGA